AUGCCUUCGCAGCGCUACGAGCGGGUGUCCGCGCAUGACGAAGACGACCAUGUAUCGUCGUCCAACAGCAACGCUGCCGCCCCAGGUCCGCAAUACCCGAUACCGUCGUCGCCACCCCCAUCGUUCAGAUCGCGCGCUUCGUCCCCGUCGCAGCAGCGCCUGCUGAGCGAACACGAUCCGCUCUCAUCCGACGCCGACCGUGAGCUUGAAGACACUUUCGCCAGCCCUUCCGACGAUGAGUCCGACGACGAGCACGGCGAUGGCAUGGAUGACCGCCAGCGGUUAAUGCGCGGCCAGCCUGAGUCAAGCAGAAGUGAUGAUGGUCAUGAGGGAUCCAGCGAGGAAGAGAGCAGGCCACGUCCCAUCGUGCGAAGAGUCACGCAGCUGCCGGCUUUCGUGCCAGGCGGCCGCGUAAUCGGGGGUGGGUCGGGCAACGAUGGUGUAUUUGCGAACCUUAGUGCGAAGCCUAGCAGGGAAGACGAGGCAGAGGAAAAGCCUCCGUCUUACGAACAAGCGGCAGCAGACGCUACUCCGCCCUACUGGGAAACGACAAUUCUCGCACCUGGCCUCCACUCGGACGAAGUCUUCGUGGAUGGCCUUCCCGUCGGCUCCAUAUUUUCCUUUGUUUGGAACGCUAUCAUUUCCAUGGCCUUUCAGCUGGUCGGUUUCUUACUCACUUAUCUCCUUCACACGACGCAUGCCGCCAAGAACGGUGCGCGCGCUGGUCUUGGUAUCACUCUCGUUCAGUACGGUUUCACGAUGAAGGGCGCCAGCAAUGAGAUGGCCGGAGGCACGCCAGAUGCCGGGACUGGAUUCGGGAACGCACCAAAGGACCCCAACAACGUCGAUUUUGAUCCUAAUGACGUGACUGGCGACGGCUCUGGGAGUGGAAGCGGGCAGAUCACAACCAGCGAAUGGUUGUCGUACAUUCUUAUGAUUGUUGGCUGGUUUAUUCUCAUCCGGGCGGUCUCGGAUUUCCUGCGCGCAAGACGGCAUGAGCAGCUUGUGCUGCAGAGCUCCAACCGUGGUCUCGCUGUGCCAAUCGUGGCUGAGGGCGAGAGCCCGUCCCACUCUGUCUAA